AUGCUGGCGCACCCUUUGCCUGCGGCGCUGAUUGCCCUGACCACCGACGCUUCGGACUAUGCUGUUGGUGCCAUGCAUGAGCAGUUGGUGAACGGCGUCUGGCAGCCGCUGCCAUUCUUCAGCCGGCAGCUCCGCCCCUGCGAACGGAAAUAUAGCACCUUUGAUCGAGAGCUUCUCUGUCUUUACCUCGCCAUUAGACAUUUCCGUUUCCUGUUGGAGGCUCGGCCGUUCUCAGUUUCGGAGCCGUGGUCUGCCCGUCAGCAGCGCCAGCUGACCUACAUCUCGGAGAUCACCACGGACAUCCGCCAUGUGGCGGGUAAGGACAAUCACGUGGCUGAUUGCCUCUCCCGGGCCAUCGCAGGAGCUGUCCACCUGGGAAUCGACUACACCAGCAUGGCAGGUGAUCAGGCCUCCGACCCGGAGGUCCAGGCUCUGAGGACAGCUGUCACGGGACUCCGUGUGGAGGACAUCAAGACAUUGCAGCAGCUGGUGGCCGGGAAGUUUGUCUGGCAUGGCCUUAAGAAGGACAUUCGGGACUGGGCUCCGGCCUGCUUGGUUUGCCAGCCCGCCAAGGUGCAUCGGCAUGUGACUGCUCCGCUGGCGCAUUUUUCAGUGCCGGAGCGGCGGUUUGACCACGUGCAUGUGGACCUGGUGGGGCCCCUGCCGCCCUCUCAAGGGUUCAGCUACCUCCUGACGAUGGUGGACAGGACCACCCGCUGGCCGGAGGCUGUCCCGCUGGCAUCCACUACGGCCUCUGACGUGGCCCGGGCUUUCAUAGGCACCUUGGUCGCCCGGUUUGGCCCCCCUUCUGAUGUCUCCUCUGACAGGGGACCUCAGUUCACUUCCGAGCUGUGGAAUGCGGUCGCCGGGGGCCUGGGUGUGUGGCUCCAUCGAACUACCGCUUAUCACCAACAGGAUAAUGGGUUGUGUGAGCGGUUUCAUCGCUCCUUGAAAGCUGCACUCCGGGCCAGCCUUACGGAUGACGGUUGGGUCGAUAGGCUCCCCUGGGUCAUGUUGGGCCUCCGGACUGCCCCUAAGGAGGACCUGCGGGCUUCGUCGGCCGAGCUGGUUUACGGGCAGCCACUACGGGUUCCUGGGGAUUUCAUCCCCACCGCCACAGUUCCCUGGUCGGCGGCCCAGGAGCGGAUCUCGCUCCAGGACAGGGUCCGGGGUUUCGUGCCGGUGCCCACCUCGCAGCCCGGCCUCCCGAAGGCUUGUGUGCCGCCCAGCCUGCAGACGGCGGAGUACGUGUUCAUCCGCCAUGAUGCCCAUCGGGGCCCUUUCCGACCUCCCUACGACGGUCCGUUUCACGUCCUUGAGGCCGCUCACACAACCUACAAGGCCUUCCUAGUAGACAUUGGGGGCAGGCCUGACUACAUUUCAAUCGAUCGCCUCAAGCCGGCCCACCUGGAUCUGGACCAGCCAGUGGGGUUGGCUCAGCCCCCGCGGCAGGGUCGUCCUCCGGUUUUCAAGCCACACCGCCUCAUGACCCCGGCGGUGCCUGCUGUGGCCCCCUCGGCCCCCGCACCGGUUCCGCUGAGUCGCUUCGGGCGGACUGCUCCCCAGCCCGUCUGGGAGGCAUCUGUUGACACUAGCGUCCGCCUGGAAGGUUCCCUGCCCAGAGGAACUCCCUGUGUCAACCAGCUGACGUUCCGCCAGGGUAGCAAGGCUUGUAAACAUAACUGGGUCACCCUGAGCUUUCUGUCCCUGUGCCUCCGUGGGUGA